UGAAGAAACCGCCCAAGAGAAAUAUACCCAGAACAAAACAAAAGUAAUAUGUAAGUCAAAUCAAAGUUGCGGCUGAUUUCACUAGUAGCCGGCUCUUUGAUUAUGGAGGCCACGGCAUGAAUUUACAUAUAAUUGGUCGUGACUACCGCGGGUGUUCAAACCGGAGGCAAGAAGGGGGGUGCACGGAACGGGUCCACUUCAAAUUGUUUUUGUUUUUUUUGUCUUCACUUCAUCUAGAGCAGUCGCAAGAGUUGAGCAGUGAGAAAUCCAACAGAGAUAAUAAACUAUUCCAUCGAAUGAAGAGCGAGUUAAAACAUCCAAGUGCUGCUGGUUAAAAACUUUUGCAAUCGCAAAUUUCAUUUCUCACAUUGCAAAAAUGCAAUUGGAAGUUUAUUAUUUUAUUGUGUUAGCUUUCACGGUAGUGACCGUACGCAGUAUCACGCAAAAUGAUCUCAUAAUUUCCGAUGGUGAUCAACUCCAAUAUCUCAUCAACGGAAGGGAAUCCCGAACGCUGACGUUGGAUUCCUACAAUGCGUCAAAGUUGUCCGCUCUCGCUUACGAUCCUGCAGCAAAGAAAUUAUUUUUCUCCGACCUCCGCCAUCUUCAUGGACACAUCUUUAGCGUCAAUCUUGACGAACAGUCCCCUCAUCUUGUUAAAGAUAUUGUUGAAAAAAAUUCUAACGAAACUGUCGAGAGUUUGACGUACGAUCCUGUGGACAAAAUGUUGUUUUGGGUCGACGGAUUCAACCGAUCCAUCCGUCGAAUCCGGAUUGACCAUGACAAUGAUCCCUCGGACGAAAAGACUGGCGUUGAGAUAGUUCAUUUUCUGAACGACGAAGAUAAACCACAGGGAAUAGUCUCCGAUCCUUGCACAAGAAUGUUGUACUGGACAAACAUUUACAAUUCGCGCCCCGUGAUUGAGCGUUCAUUUAUCAAUGGAAGCCAACGCGAAAUCCUGAUUGAAACCGACUUAUUACGGCCAAUUUUGUUAGCGCUCGACGUGAUGGAGCAGAGACUGUACUGGGCCGAGAGUCUCCGCAAUGGAUACUUCCAUAUUAUGCGAAGCUUCGUGAAUGGAUCGGAAAGGGAGACAAUUUAUCGCGGACUGGGUCAAAUAGUCAUCAGUCUCACGGUGGGCGAUGACUUCGUGUACUGGAGUGAUUACAAUCACAAGAAAAUUUGGUGCCUGCGGAAGGACGGGUCAUCUAGGAGUCCUUUAUCUCUUGGAAGUUUUCGCAAUCCUGCGUUGGGGCUGGUGGUGAUUCGCCAUCAACCUGUCAACUGCACUAUGAUGGCGGAGGAAGGUCAAGCCGAAAAAUCGUUCGCUGAAAAAUCAGAAAUAAUUACAAUUGCUGUUUGUUUGACCGGCACUUGUCUCAUUUUAAUGGGGAUUGUGGCCGCCCUUAUCUUUCGAGUGUGGAAAUCAAUGGGCUGUCAGCGAUUGGCAUUCGUUUCUAACAAGAACAAUGAUGAUACUUUCCCAUUUCAUUAUUUCGACGACUAUAGUAAUUCUUAUGCAAUGGUUGAGAAGGCAACGCCGUAGUGCAUUGAAAUUUCAUCCCAAGUCAAAUAAAUGUUUCAUAUUGGCUGCUAAAAUUAAAUUAUCUAUGACAUUGUUUUCAAAUAAAGUUUUAAGAUUAGUGUUGUACUUGUAACCUCAUUCUCUCUAAGAUUGCUAAUCAUCCUGUACCGGAAGAAAUUCCCGUUCAUUACUUAAAAAUACAAAUGAAGGAACAAUCUG